UCUCCCUCUCAGUGUUCACUGUGACUGGUUAAGGGAUAUUUCUCUGAUUUAGCUAUUCGCUUCUUUACAACGUAGUCCAACAUGAAGUCAGCGGCUGCCGGCCCUGCACCAAGAGAAGAGAUGAAGAGAGUCCCUCUUCCCCACGGAUGGAGAUGUCACGUGUCACCCAAGGGACCAAGAAACUACGUCAACACUGCAAGUAAUGAGACAACAUGGGAACUGCCCUUCACCUCUUAUGGGACCUCAGUGAGACCACUGGUUCAAAGGCAUUCCUUACCAGAAGUCAAUGGAUCAUGUCACACCACAGGAAGUGCAAUUCAUACCAGAGACCCUCCUGACGUGCCUUUAAGGAGGGCCACUAUGGAUAAACAGCAGAGCCCAGGGAACACCUCCCCAGCCAAGAGGCAGACCAAGGAGAUGAAGGAGACCAAGAUAACAAUCAACUGCGUCACCUUCCCCAUUCCGAAUGUGACACCAGAUCAGGCAGAGCAGCAGCUACUGAAACCCAAUGAGUGGAGCUACUGUGAUUACUUUUGGACCGACAAGAAGGACCCCCAGGGGACUACCUCUGUGGCCGGCUUUGAGGUGCUCUUGCAGAAACAGCUGAAGGGCAAACAGAUGCAGAAAGAGAUGGCUGAGUUCAUCCGGGAGAGGAUAAAGAUUGAAGAGGAAUAUGCUAAGAAUCUUUCUAAACUCUCGCAGAGCCCCUUGGCUGCUCAGGAGGAGGGAACCCUUGGGGAGGCUUGGGCCCAGCUUAAGAGGAGUUGUCAUGAUGAGGCUGAAGUCCACCUCAAAUUCUCAAACAAACUCCAGUGUGAGGUGGAGAAGCCCCUGCUGACAUUUAGAGACAACUUCAAGAAGGAGUUGAAGAAGUACGACCACCAUAUCAUAGACCUCAGGAAGCAGCUGGCCAGCCGAUUCGCAGGCGUAGAAAAGGCCCGUAAAGCACUCGCAGACCGGCAGAAAGAUCUGGAGGUGAAGACCCAGCAGCUAGACAUCAAGCACAUGAACAAACAUGAGGAGGACAUCAAGAAGGCCCGUCGGAAAUCUACACAAGCAGGCGAUGACCUCAUGCACAACGUGGAUCUGUACAACCGGGCUCAGUCCAAGUGGUUUGAGGAGAUGGUGACCACAAGCCUGGAGCUGGAGAGACUUGAAGUGGAGAGGGUGGAGAUGAUACGACAGAAUCUGCGUCAGUACACAACGCUGCGACAUGAAACGGACAUGUUCAACCAAAGUACCGUGGAACCAGUGGAUCAGCUGCUCCAGAGCGUGGACCCAGCCAGGGACCGGGAGCUGUGGGUGCGGGAACACAAGACUGGGGAGCUGCGCCCAGUGGACAUGGACAUAUAGACACCGACGCCGUUGUUCCCCAAGCGGCCAUUUCACUCUCAGUGGCAACACCUCCGCCUCCAUACUGUCAGGCCUCUCAUGGGACAUUCCAACUACAGCUACAGGUGAAGGUGCAAUGGGUGUUCAGGAUAAAGGGAGGUCUGUGCAUUCUGCUUAGGACGAUAUGAAGAUAGCACCAUGUUAUCACAAUGAUAACUGAGGAAUUGCCGAACCCAAAUGCAGUGCUUUUGAAUCUAUAUGGAACCUAUAAGAAAUGAAUCGGUAGCCCGAAUACCAGCAUGUUACAUUAACAAAAUGUUUUUGUCUGUAUGAUUAAUGCCACUAAAUAAGAUUAAGCAAGUAUGUUGUUGUUUUCAGUAUCUGUCGAAGUUGACAAUAUUAAGAAGAAUAUAGAGUUUUUCUGGAUUUGAGGAAUUGAUUGGAUGAAUUGCAAAACCUCAGAUGUUGGUAUCUAAACUGAACAACAAAGUUUUAACAUUUCACUUGAUUUUAGAUUUUGGAAUCUGAAACAUUAUCAUAUAAAUAUGAUAUUUUAAUCUUUAUGCCAAUUUAUUUUACCUGUCCAGAUAUGCAUGUUUUGGGGAAAUAUCUUCCAUUUACUGUAUGGUUAAGUGCAUACUUGUGAAAUAUGAUGGAUGUGUUGGCACUGUAAAACAAUUUAUAUGGGGUUGUAUUCAUGGAAAGUAUAUAUCCUAAGUUACUGGGCUCAAGAGUAAGUGAUUUAACUCGUUACAUUUUGUCACCUCCCCUUCUGAAAUUUGGAAUAUUCUUACACCUGCUGUUGCUUUAUUUUGUAAAAUACUGUUGUGUGAUGACAGCUCUAAGGUAACAUUUUAUUUUACGUAGUCUGUCCACGCGAUGAGAAGUAAUUUCACGUGGCAGAUUUAGGCCAGAGUCUAUUUUGGAUCAGUGGUGAGACCAUGAAGAAGAUCCAUGUUACAAUGAACACCUUUUAGUGCCUAAAUGUUAUGAACAGUACCUUGAAUGUCUUUGACAUAUUGUAUUCUUCAUUAGUAUAUUUGAUGGCACAAGAUUUAGAUGUAUUCUACUGUUAACUGUUGAAGUGGCCUUACAGUUUUGGCCUACUGAGUGUUUACAGUGUUUGUGAUCCCCAAAAGGUUUCCCAUCAGUCUAAAAUCAUUUAUUUGAAUUGAUUAUGGAUAUGCACAGGCACUUCUUAAAUCAACCGUUAUUUAGCAUUUAUACUACAACAUUUUUGUUUUUCAAUUGUGUACCCUUUUCUUGCCCCUGUUUUCUCCCACACAAUAUUUUGUCAUAUACAAUUGUAUCUACACUACAGCUUCCGGUGGAUUCAGGAAAAGUAAUCCGAGGUAAGCUUUCAUCAUCGGCAACAAGAUUUUGUCUCUGCUCUUCCAACCAGAAAGUCACUAGGGUCAAACUGUUUGAGAGCAUGCUCACUCACUUGACAUCCUGUUUGCUUUUAAGUGGUCCGAUACACUUGAGGGAGUAGCAAUAAGACCGGGAAUUUCCUGCAACAAUGCCUACCACAUCCCUGUGCAGUUCUGGCUAAUGUGCGUUGCCCACAAAGCAUCCCAGCCACUCGUCAGCUAGCAGCACAGUCAAGACUCACAUAGGCUGUGACGGAGAGCUUGGUGCUAUGAAUGCGCGCCUGGGAUCAUUGUGUCACCUGGGAAGUCAAUCCUCCAUACAUUGUGCGCAUCUAAAAGGAGUUAAAAGUCACAUUUUAAUGAUUUGAAAAGCUCAGCACACCCAUCCGAAAAUGUGGUCAGGGUUACUUGCUGUGAAAUCUGUAGUUGUCCAUAUAGUGCAUACCCUUUAGCCAACAUAUAUCCACCUGCACAAACAAACAUAGCAUAAUAUGAUGUGUGUGCAUGCAUGCGUGUGUGCGUGUGUGUGGUCUGUCUGUCUGUAUGUGUUUCUGUCGGUCAGUUUUUAUGUAUGUAUGUAUUUUGCUGUAGUUUAGUUAUUCUGUAAUACAACAGAGCUCCUCAAACAGUCAUCCCUUUCAACUUAAAAUCUCGAUAAUACAUUCACUAUGCCAAGAAAUGCAUACAGAAGAAAGUUCUACUGGUACAGUACUGGUACAAAAUCUAUUCAGUAUAUACAUGCCUUAUCAGCAAGUUACAGAUACAAAUAUAUUCAUCUGAUUUUUACAUUGCUUAUUUUUAUAUGAAAAAAUAUGAAAAUACAACUGAGAAGAUAAAACAAAAACUGAUUCAGCAUGUUAUUGAGUUUGCAUUACUCUAUCUGAAACUAUUAAAGAUUGAAAUGUUGUACUUAUUGUAUAAGCUAUUCUGCUACAGUAUGUGUCAGUGAUGUAUUUUAUAUGUUAUGUUCAUGUUUUUAUGUUAAACGUUAAUGUACUUAGCUAAAUUAGUAGUUUUGUAGUAAUGUUAAUUUAACUGCUAUUUGGUGAUUUCCAUUUCUCAUGUAUAUCACUUAAAAUGUUUCCAGUCUUUAAAGAAAUGUCAAACCAUUUGUGACUUUGGUCCAGACAAAGUACUGUAAAAUGCAGUGUCUACAAUAAACUGUUUCCUUGGAAAUUC